CCUCCUCCUCCUCCUCCUGCCGGGCGGGGCGAGGGUCGGCAGUCCCGGCGCGCUGCCGCCGCGUGGAGCCGCGCUGCGUGUUCCCGAUCCCAAAUCCCCGAUCCCAUCAUAUCCCCGAUCCCUGCUCCCCGCUCCCGGCUCCCUCCGCCGCCCCGAGCCGUGCCCCCGCUGCGGGCCGGCGGCGCGGGGAUGGGCGCGGGGCUGUGAGCGCGGCCGGGAGCCGUGGCCAUGGGGAACAUCUCCUCCAACAUCUCCGCCUUCCAGUCCCUGCACAUCGUCAUGCUGGGCCUGGAUUCGGCGGGCAAGACCACGGUGCUCUACCGCCUCAAGUUCAACGAGUUCGUCAACACCGUGCCCACCAUCGGCUUCAACACGGAGAAGAUCCGGCUCAGCAACGGGACGGCCAAGGGCAUCAGCUGCCACUUCUGGGACGUGGGCGGCCAGGAGAAGCUGCGCCCGCUCUGGAAGUCCUACAGCCGCUGCACCGAUGGCAUCAUCUACGUGGUGGACUCAGUGGACGUGGACCGGCUGGAGGAAGCCAAAACGGAGCUGCACAAGGUGACCAAGUUCGCGGAGAACCAGGGCACCCCGCUGCUGGUCAUCGCCAACAAGCAGGACCUGCCCAAAUCGCUGCCGGUGGCCGAGAUCGAGAAGCAGCUGGCCCUCCACGAGCUGACCCCUUCCACCACCUACCACAUCCAGCCCGCCUGCGCCAUCAUCGGCGAGGGGCUGACGGAGGGCAUGGACAAGCUCUACGAGAUGAUCCUCAAGCGCAGGAAGUCCCUCAAGCAGAAGAAGAAGCGGACAGACAAUAGUGGUGAUAACAAAGCGGCUCCCGCCAGCCGAGCCCAGAUCCCGGAGCUCCCCUCUCCCACCGCCCCGUGCUCCUGA